CCGAGACGCCGGUGGUCGCCGCAUUGUGUUUUGGAAAUAAGAUCUGGAUGCUGGAUCAUAUUCCAAACAUUAUCAAGAUCUCUUUGGAAUUUUUCUUUCACACUUUGUUCUCAGCAAAUCGCUGUUUAAUAAAUAAUUGAAUUAAUUAUUUAAUUAUUCACUAUAAUUUUUUCACUAAAUAAGUUGACAAGUAACUUGUUUACUUUUUUGAUUGUAAUCAUGGCCAAAUAUGUAGACCCGGUUUCUGGAGUUAGUCUCAGAGAUUUGAUGUCGGAUGACGGUAUGAUGUUCAAUUUCGGCAGCGAAUUUGAUGCAAAUGAGGAUGCUCGUUUUCAAUUUGAUCCGAACAUGAGUUUUGUAGAAGAUGAACUUCUUAAAUUUAUAGAUCUUGAAAUAUCAGAUCAUGAUGGCAAAAAUGAUGAUAGUAAAGUUCCCAUGUCACCAGGAUUUAAUUUUGACAAAAUUAAAGCGAAAAUGGUUAACCUGCGAGAUGAUGGAAAGAUAAAAAAAUUAGUCCUUCAAAAGGGUGUCGGAGAAAUAGUUCCCUCUAACGCUCAAGUAACGAUAAAAUAUUCCGGAUAUUUAGAAGGUCAGGACAAUCCAUUCGAUUCAAGCUACCAACGUCACAGUGUCGAUCGCUAUCGCUUGAGUCGCGGAGAAUUAAUAUCGGGCUUAGAUUUUUCUCUUCAAAGUAUGCAAAAAAACGAAGUCUCAAUUUUUUUAAUCGACCCAACUUUAGCUUACGGCGAAAUAGGAUGUUGGCCCAACAUCCCCGGCAAUUCCGAAGUAAUGUUCAUAGUCCACUUAUUGAACCACGCUGAGACAAUUGCCGCCGCGGAUUACGAGUCACUUGAACCAGAAGAGCGUAAAAUAUUUUGUAAAAUAGAAAAAUUCGUCGAAAAUUUAUUAGCAGUCGGUGCUGAUAAUUACAAAAAUAAACAGACUAAAAAAGCGAUUCGUGAUUACAUACGCGUAAUUGACCGCUUGGAAGAGUGCAAGUUCAAUGAUGACGAAGAAGAAGAGCGUUGCAAUUUAUUGCGGUCGCGUUCUUACCAAAAUUUAGCGCUUUGCUACAAUAAAGAGGAUAUGCCACGCAAAGCUUGUAUCGCUUGUAAUAAUGUGACUAAUAAAACAGCCAAGACUUAUUUUCAUCAUGGACGCGCGCUUAUUAAGAUGGGCCAGUACGAAGAAGCGUUAGAAAAAUUAAACCUCGCAUUGGAAAUGAGCCCACACAAUGAAGAAAUAAUGAAAGAAAUAGGCAUUGCUGAUAAAUUACAGCGGAAAAGUUUGAAGAUAGAAAAAGAUAUGUGGUGUAAUUGUUUAGGCAUUGAAAAAUUGAAACUUGAAACUAAAAAUGAAGAGUACAAAAAAAUCGCUACGGAAUUUUGCAAUAGUUUUGUAAGUAAUAAGGAUGUUAUGAGACAGCCAUUGCCGGAUGGAAUUGAUCCUUUGCUUGAAGAGGCUAUGAGGAAGGCUGCUUUAUUAUUGGGGAUUAAAAUUUCUUCUGUUAAUAAAUUUGGGAAGGAAAGCUUUUAUCUUGAAAAAUCUAACUAUCAGUAAUAUUACUCAUUUUUUUAAGUAUU